GGAGUCGCAUUAAGUGUUGAAAAUGUCCAGCAGAUUCGUUUGUAUCAAUGAUUAUGAACAGUAUGCUAAAUCAGUACUUCAGAAGUCUGUAUAUGACUACUAUAAGUCUGGAGCAAAUGAUCAGGAAACGUUGGCUGAUAAUAUUGCAGCAUUUUCCAGGUGGAAGCUAUAUCCACGGAUGCUCCAGAAUGUGGCUGAAAUUGACCUGUCAACUUCUGUCUUAGGGCAGAGGGUCAGCAUGCCAAUAUGCGUAGGAGCCACUGCCAUGCAGUGUAUGGCUCAUGUGGAAGGGGAGCGUGCAACGGUGAGAGCCUGUAGGUCAAUGGGAACAGGCAUGAUGUUGAGUUCCUGGGCCACCUCUUCAAUUGAAGAAGUAGCUGAGGCUGGUCCUGAGGCCCUUCGCUGGCUACAACUCUACAUAUACAAAGACCGUGAGGUCACCAAGCAGUUAGUGAAGCGGGCAGAGAGGAUGGGCUACAAGGCCAUAUUUGUGACCGUGGAUACCCCUUACCUGGGGAAUCGCUUCGAUGAUGUGCGUAACAGGUUCAAGCUGCCACCUCAACUCAGAAUGAAAAAUUUUGAAGCCAGUGAUUUGGCAUUUUCUCCGAAGGAAAAUUUUGGAGAUAACAGUGGACUUGCCACAUACGUAGCAAAAGCAAUAGAUCCAUCUAUCAGCUGGAAGGAUAUUAAAUGGCUGAGGCAACUGACAUCACUGCCGAUUGUGGCAAAAGGCAUACUGAGAGGUGAUGAUGCCAAGGUGGCAGUGAAACACGGUGUGAAUGGAAUCUUAGUGUCAAAUCAUGGGGCCCGACAACUGGAUGGGGUACCUGCCACUAUUGAUGUUCUACCAGAAAUUGUGGAGGCUGUAGAAGGAAAGGUAGAAGUCUUCCUUGAUGGAGGUGUGCGGAGAGGAACUGAUGUUUUGAAAGCUCUAGCUCUGGGAGCCAAGGCAGUUUUCAUAGGGAGACCAGUUAUUUGGGGCUUGGCUUCUCAGGGAGAGAAAGGGGUUCAAGAUGUCCUUGAGAUUUUAAAAGAAGAAUUUCGAUUGGCCAUGGCUCUGAGUGGGUGCCAGAAUGUGAAAGUCAUCGACAAGACAUUGGUGAGGAAAAAUCCUUUGGCUGUUUCCAAGAUCUGACAGUGCACAAUAUUUUCCCAUCUGUAUUAUUUUUUUUUCCGGCAUGUAUUACUUGACAAAGAGACACUGUGCAGAGGGUGAGCACAGUGUGUAAUUCCCCACUUUGAUACAAAGGGUUUCGUUCUUCUCCAACAAAAAAGCAAUUCCUUUUAGCCCAUUGCUUUUGACUUUUCAAUGGGUGUCCUAGGAACCUUUUUAGAAAGAAAUUGACUUGCAUCCUGGAAAUAUAUUAACUGUUAAAAAGAAAACAUUGAAAAUGUGUUUAGACAACGUCAUUCCUGGCAGGGGAAAGGGAUGAAAAACAAAAGAUAUCCUUUGUAAAAUGGGAAGUUGUUAAUAUGGAAAUAAAAUGAUAAUGAUACAACUGUUUAUUUACCUGCAUUGUGUUUAGAUAUCCUUGCAAUACUUUUCUUCAAUUGAAACCUCAAAUUUUAUGGUUGGUCUUGUCUGCUGAGGCUUCAACAUGCUGAGAAAGUAGCACUUGACAGAAUUGGAAUGAGUUGGCUUUCAUUUAAGAUUAUUUUUAGAUAGCUUUGAGUAUCUUCUGUUAUGUUGUAUGUUUGAAUGUAGACUUCUAUGUCUGAAUAAAUCUGAAUAUUUUCUUAUAUUCUUUAUAAAUCAAAACAAAUAAAGCACCAACAAUGA